UGGAGAUGGCCGGAAGGACAGUUCCACGCUGUGGUGGACGUGGGGGUGGGGACGGGACAGGACACCAACAUGCUCCACACCCACCCACAGCUGGCCAGGCCCUCACCCGGGAGACCGGGCCAGGACCCUCGGUCUCAGGCUCCAGGGACGGCCACGAGGCUGCUUGACCUUCUGUCCAGCAUCCCCCAGGCAGAGCAGGGGAACCCCAGGAGCGGCGAGGGCGCCCCGGUUCGCAGCCUGCUGCAGAGGUCUCAGAGCGCGAGGCAGACGUCCAAGAAGGACCACAGGCCCCGGCGGAGGAGCAAGAAAGCCCAGAGCUGCGCGGAGGCCGAGGAUGUCUUCGCUGCUCCCCGGAAACCUUCCUUCCCCUUCCAGUGGGCCUGGGAGAGCUUCAUUACAAGUGCCUCCGCGGGGUCCCAGCCCAGCGGCCCCUCGGCCCCCGGCCCCCACGCCCCGCCCUUCCCCCAGCUCAGGUCCCGGCGCGGGUCCGUGGCCAGCCUCCCGGACGCCCUGGGCUUCUGCCAGAAGAUGGAGGUGCAAAGCCCUGAGAGGAGGCAGCAGCUGGGGGCCUGGAGCCCCUCACCUCCGGGCAGAGGGGAGAACCCAGGGCUGGAGGUGCCCAGCGAGCGAGCCCUCUGGCCGACGGGGAAGCCGGCAGGACCCGCGCUGGAGUGGGAGGGGGAGGCCAUGGGCACCGAGGAGGAGCCCGGGAGGGACCUGAGCCCCCGCCAGCUGCCCCAGCUGCCCCGCAAGGGGCUGCUGUCCGAGGAGGACCAGUGCUCAGAAAUGACGGAGGAGGACGAGGACGAGGAGCUCGGGGCCCCCCACAGGAGGAGGCCCGGGCCCCCGACAAAGGGGCAGCACCCUGGGGACCCGCAGAGCUGGAGCCAGAGCCGCAGGAGCAGCCCCAGCUCCGGCCACCUCCCCGGGGCCCAGAGGAGGAGGCGGAAGGCCCGGGAGCUGGAGGGGCCCUGGGACCUGGAGAUGCUGCGUAGGCAGCUGCAGCAGAACCUGGACUGCGGCCCCCAGAGGCAGCCCUGGAAAGCUCUCCAGACCCCCGUCCAGGCCUCUGACCGCAGCGGGAAGGCACACGUGCUGGGAGACGACGAGACGUUCCCGUCUGCCAGCCUCCCCAAUCGCACCUUCCACAAGCGACAGGAGGCCACCAGCCUGCUGCAGGCCUGGGAGCGGCAGCAGCAGGAGGAGCGGCGCCAGGCUGAGCUGCGGCGGGCCCGGGAGCAACGGGUGCAGCAGCAGGUAGCCCGCUGCCUGGCCACCUACGGGUCCCGCGCAGGCCGGAGGCCCUGGGCCAACCAGCGCAAACUGGAGGAGCUGAGGCGGCAGGAGCGGCAGCGCUUCACGGAGUACCAAGCCGAGCUGCAAGGCAUCCAGCAUCGGGUGCAGGCCCGGCCCUACCUGUUCCAGCAAGCCAUGCAGGCCAACGCCCGGCUCACGGUGAGCCGGCGCUUCUCCCAGGUGCUGUCGGCACUGGGCCUGGAUGAGGAUCAGCUGCUGGCUGAGGCUGGCAAGGGCGGCGAUGCGGAGGGCGCCUCCCGGAAACCCAGGAGCCACAGGUCCACGGAGACGAGCAGGCAGAGCCCAAGGAUGGAGCCCCCCAGAGGCCAGCCUGACAGGCACCCGACCCCCAGCGUGGACCUGGCGAGCGGUCCCCGAGAUAAAAAUUAAAGGUUUUGUGGCAAA